GGCAGCAGUCGAUAUAUGAAAACGUAUACAAAACUUUCGCAUAUUCGCCGCAGCAGCCAAUUCGCAGCCUGAGAGCUUCGAAUUUUUUCCCUCAUUUGAGUCCUGCAAAGACGACGUGUCGAUGCGAUCUUCCCCGUUUGACGAAAGCAGAAGUUGAGAAACAGUUGAGAAAAUAAUUGGCAGGCCAGGCAAGAUAUCUUUUGCACUGCCACUUCGAGGCGACUCCAGAGUUCGUUGAUUGACUGCAGUGCUGUGGCGAGACGUGUGGGUGCGCGUACGUUGAAUAAUUGAUUGGGUAACCGUAAACAAAGAGUACCGUAUGUUAGGCCAGUGCCAAGGCUAACUUUCAAUACAAACCCCCACCCCCCGAACGGACGGAAGCAGAGAACACGAAAUCCCACACACAGCGGAGUCAGAAACAGAAACAGAAGCAGAAGCAGAAGCAGAACGAAAGCCCCAGGCACAUUAUCGAUUUGCGUAUGUGUAUGUCUGCGAAAUAACCGUGUACACCUAAACACCCACACACCUGCACACACCUACUCCCACACAGAGCCACACACAUACACAGCAGCACCAGCAGCAGCAGCAGCGCACGUCAACGGCAGCGCAUCUACAAGCUAACGGGAUCUAUUGGAGCAGCAGGAGCAACCGGAUCAACCUUCAAGACACAUAUUUUCCUGUAUUCCAGACAGACAGCAAGGAGCACUGAACAGACAUGGCCAGCGGCGGGGAUCCCAAGUGGCAGAAGGAUGCGGCCGACCAGAACUUUGACUACAUGUUCAAGCUGCUCAUCAUCGGCAACUCCAGUGUGGGCAAGACGAGCUUCCUCUUCCGCUAUGCCGACGAUAGCUUCACAUCCGCCUUCGUCUCCACGGUGGGCAUCGACUUCAAGGUGAAGACUGUCUUUCGCCACGACAAGCGCGUGAAGCUGCAGAUUUGGGACACGGCCGGGCAGGAGCGUUACCGCACCAUCACCACAGCCUACUAUCGCGGCGCCAUGGGUUUCAUUCUGAUGUAUGAUGUCACCAACGAGGACAGCUUCAACUCGGUUCAGGACUGGGUCACACAAAUCAAAACCUACUCGUGGGACAACGCCCAAGUCAUUUUGGUGGGCAACAAGUGCGACAUGGAGGAUCAGCGCGUGAUUAGCUUCGAGCGGGGCCGCCAACUGGCCGAUCAGCUGGGCGUGGAGUUCUUUGAGACGUCCGCCAAGGAGAAUGUGAAUGUCAAGGCUGUCUUCGAGCGCCUGGUGGAUAUUAUAUGCGACAAGAUGUCCGAGAGCCUCGACGCCGAUCCGACGUUAGUGGGCGGAGCACAGAAGGGGCAGCGCUUGACGGACCAGCCGCAGGGCACGCCCAAUGCCAAUUGCAACUGUUAGAGUGCCCAACACCACCAGCAGUAGCCCCAGGAGAACGAGCAACCGGAACCGGAAACCCACAACAACACACAGAAGAAGAGAGAGAGAGAGAGAUUCAACUCGUACAACAACUCGCAACAUUCUGUCAACUGAGCAGCUGAGACACCAACAAACAGAGCAGAAACAGAAACAGAAACAGAAACAAGAAAAGAACAACAAAAAACAAAGCACUAAAAGCUAGCUAAUUUAGUCAGUUCACCAAUCGAGAGAUGAAUGGAUCGACGAGUGCCAUUUGAAUGAUGCACUCCCUGUAUUUGUAGCCCAUACUCGUAUAUUGUAUGUAUGUAUGUUUGUAUAUCCUUAAAGCUCGUUCGAUUGCCUACCGUGUAAAUGUCAGAGAUGUUAUCUAAUCAAUGUUUCAAUUGUAAUUGGUAAUUGGUAAUCGAUAAUUGGUAAUUUGUAUCUUGUAACGUGUAAUUUAAUCGGCUGCCGCAGAAACGCACUAAAUUGUCGAACUUUGACUUGACUUGAACCUUUUGCCUUGAGCGACGAAUCGAAUCGAAGACAGAGAGAGAGAGAGAGAGAGAGAGAGAGAGAGAGUCUAGGAGUCUAGGAGUCUAGGGCCCCCAGCAGCACUAAUUAAAUGUGCACACACUCUGUGCUGAUCUUUCAACUGCAACUGCAAGCUCCAUUCCCGUUUCUCUCCACCUCCAUUAAUGGAAGGGGCUUCUGGGCACUUUCCCACUUGUAUAUACAUAUGCUGGCUAAACUGUACAGUUUGAAUGCUUGCACACAACGCACAAGGCUAGCAAAUUGGCGAAAUCGAACAUAGUAACUAUAGCAAACACACACACACACACACAUAAACAUGUUGCCCCGAUCCCGGCGUGCCUUGGCUGGAAGGUUGUGCGGGUUCUGUGGAGCAAUUUCACACAUAAAAAGAUACAGAUAAAGAGAUACAGAUACAGAUACAUGCUCGCAUAUAGCAGAGACAUGUAUGAACAUGUGGUUGGUUGGCCAUUAUUAUUAUUAAAUAUUAUUAUCAUCAUUAUUGUAUUAUUAUGAUGUGUGUACUGUAUGUAUUUAUGUAGUGAAAAUGGACAAAUUUUAAUGUGUUGCAAUUGAUAAAUGAAAUAUACAUAGCUAUACAUAAAAUAUACAUACAUAAACAUACUAUAUCCGAUAAAUACAUAGUACAUACUACCCAGAUCCAUUUGGUACGUUUGCAGUUUUUCCCCGUGUCUCAGUUUCAUGUUUCGCGUCCUUUCUGACAAUAACAAUGACACGCUGAAGACGGAGCAAACUUGAGGAUCGCAGCGAUGAUCCUUUCCUGUCCCCGUGGCACACAAAUUUAAUUUCAUUUCCCAAAUUUAUCCACACAGCGCACAAAUUAUUAGAUUGCGAUUUUGCGAAUUGAAAUUGAAAUUGAAUUGAGAGAAAUUAAUUGAACCCACCGAGCCAGCUGAGAGAUCGGUGCAUUUAAGUUGCCAACACUAAGUACUAUGCCCCCCAAACUAUUCUGUUUUGAUAGGCACACCCCAAACAACUUUUCUACGCUGUAAAAGAAGACACAACCAACUGCUGCUGCCCCCCCGAGUUGCACAGAGUUGAGGGGACACUGACCCUGUACGUGGGGAACUGCUGAACUUUAACUGAAUAUAAAUGAAUAAUAAAUGUACUCGCAACUGUGUGUAUUUGCAAAUGCUCGUUAAUGUUAAAUAUGUAUGUGUAUACACGCAGAGUUUCACUUGAAUUACGAUAUAAACUAAAGGCAUAUCGCUGUAUUAUAAAUACCCAAAACGAAUCGAGUUACCACAUGUACACCCUCCCCCAAAGCACACCUCUGAGCAAAUGUAAGCCAGACACAAAAUGCACAACGAGCUAACAACCAACUGGAUGUGGAGUGGAGCGCGGAUAGUGGUAGAGGGAAAUGUUAAGUAAUAGAAGAUAUUCCAUACGACAAUGCCUUAAAUAAAACUACAGCUGACGACGCGUACAUUGGACUACUUACUCGGCAUUAUUCGAUCUGUUUUGUAAAAUAGUUAAACAUACAUAAACAACUGCAUAGCCAUGGAAGCCAUUCAACUAAACUGAACUAAUCUAACACAAAAUGUAAGCCAAAAUCAAACAAAAUCACUACAAAAAUAAACAAACCAAAAUUGUUAGCAAAUUCAUACUCGUAUCCGUAUUUCGUAUUCGCACUCCAACUCGUACUAACGAAGAAUACUAGCAUAUUGAUUAUGGCAUUGUGUACUCGGGCAAAGCUAAUAUUUGUGAACCCAUAAAACGUAUUUGUACUCGUAUUCCAAACAAAUCAUAAUUUUUAUUCCAUUUCUCCGUUUUAUGUGCAGCAGAAUAGCCACCCAACUAAAAUGAAGCAAAACAAAACAAAUAAUUCCGUAUGUUAUUCAAUAAUGGUUUUUGAAAUACCAACACAUCUGUAUCGUGAGGAUACUUACACACACACACACACACAUACAUAUACCUACAUAAUGUACACAUAAUGGUAUUGAAAUUAUUGUAUUCCCAUAAUAAAAUAUAUGCAAAAAAGGUGUAUGGAAAAACAA